UCUCCAACUUGCACCUAUUAUUUCUCUAGGUAGAAGUAGGAGACUUAAGUGUGGAGGGGAGAGUAAGUCAUGGAGAAUGGCAAUGAAGCUUCAAGAAUCAAUCGAUGUUUAAUUGAGAGACAGCGAAGGCAGCACAUGAAAUCGCUCGUUUCCAAGCUAUUUGCUCUCCUUCCUCCUCGACCAAACAAGAUGUCGGUGCCUGAGCUGGUGGAUCAAGCUAUAGCCUAUGUGAAGCAGCUGCAAAAGAAAUUGGAGCAAUACAAGCAAAUAAAGGUGCAAUUGGAAGACAAACUUGCCAGUGCUACAGCUUGUACAACGAGAAACAGAAUGAUAGUACCCCCAGUUCUUAAUAUAAGAGAUUUGGGUUCUAACUUGGAAGUACAUUUGAUCACAGGGUUGAAUUCGGAGUUCGCAUUAUCUGAUUUUAUCAGUAUUCUUCAGGAAGAAGGAGCUGAAAUUAUAAGUGCAACUUGCCAUCAUGCAGGAGAUAGGGCAAUCUAUAGAAUUCUUUCUCAGGCUAUCUAUCCUAGAAUUGGCAUUGCAACUUCAAGCGUGCAUGAGAGAUUGAAGAGUCUAACGUGUUUAAAAAAGCAACAUAUUCCUACUGCAAAUUAAAGGUGCAAGUGCCACCUUGUACGGCAUAGAUGCUUUGGAUAGAUUC